AUGCGAAAUGAGUUCAAAAAAGUGCCGCUCAAUUCAAACCGGGACUUCAGUUGGGUAUUCCUGAUAGAUUGGAUAUUAAUCCUGUCUAUAUCUCUUUUGGCAGCUUUCUAUUUCGGAAGAGCGUUUGGAUUUACCAUCACCACUUUACUAGAAUGGUUCUUAUGGAGGCGCUGCUCCGUUAAAAUACAGAUACAGUCCCUCAAAAUAUCAUUCUUGGGCGGACGUGUGUUCUUCAAAAAUCUCACCAUUAUCACGCAAAACCAAACCGUAUCGUUUGUUAAUGGUAGCUUGACUUGGCGGUACUGGCUUUUUAGCUCUAGACAGACUUCGUAUGAGCGACAAAAGUGUGGGGUGUCUGGAGAAGACUCAAGGCCCUGUCGCUUCAAGCUCGAGUGCCAGGGCUUAGAACACUUUGUUUACAACAAAACACAGGCUUUUAGCCAGCUAUGGAAGUCUCUAUCCAAAUCGGAGCAGGCACGCUUCAAACAAUUUGAAGCGUUCAGUGAAGACGACCAGAAAUCCUUCCACAGCACUACUUCUUCCUCAUUGUUCUCUAUCUCAGAGAAUUCCAACGAAAACUCCAAUUCCGAUUCUUCUCUUAAGUCCUCUACUCGAUCCUCGGCUUCUCUGCCUUCAUUUUUGAAAGUUCUGCCUCUAGAGGUUGCAGUUCAGAGAGGUGCCGUUGUGGUAGGGAAUAAAAGCACAUCCUCUAUCUUGAUUCUAAGCUACGACAAACUAGCUGGAAUUGUUGAAGUUGGGAAAUCGAAUUCUAAACUUGAUUUAUACAAGCUGCAAACACGAUGUGACUUCGACAAUUUUUGCAUUCGUCUCAAGCCAAAUUUGGGGUUCCGCGUCGAUGCUCCUCUCAAAAACCUUGUGAAGCCAGACAAGGUUACCAGAUUAUGGCACAAGUCUAUUGAAAUUCUACUGAAAGCCAAAAGUGGCAAGUUUCACGACAUCUACCAUGCAAAACAGCACGCUUUCCAGACUCUACAAAAUCCAUUGGAGGACUGGAAAGGCCUCGGACUGUACCGUAAAACAGAUGAUGCAGCAUGGGACGACACUUUCAAAUUCGAUGUAUCGAAACAUCAAUAUGCGCGGUACACUAAGAUAAUGAAGUGUGAAAAACUCGUUCUUGACUAUUCAUUCGAUGUCCCUGGAGUCACGCCACGGAUACCCUCACCUUCAGGAGGGUCUACAAGUCAAGCACAGAGUAUUGUCGAUCAGAGCGAGUCACCUCCUGACUAUUCAAUAGAUAUCCAGUUGUUCGGUGCCACCAUACAUUACGGGCCUUGGGCUCAUCACGAAGUGAUGCCAAUUCAGAGAAUGUUUUCGCCGAUUGUUUCGAAGGACAGCGAGCCCUUCCCAAACGCAAGAGCUGGCUCGGAAAGAAUUUACAUGCGAGCAAAGUUUUCAAUAACAAUAAUGAGUUCUACUAUAUGGAGGUUACCGACCAGAGAGCCCAGCAAAGACUUGGACUUUUUGAAACGAUAUCGGGAAACUCAAGACGAUUCUAGAUCUUUUGGUUGGCUUGAGAUUGUCUUAUCGAGAGACUCCGAACUAACGUUUGACUUUGCGAUGAGUCCAACCUCUUCAGGAUUUGAGAACUUCUUAGACCUUCACCUUGUUAAACCAGAACUACGAACAAGCGUUAACCAUGACAUUCUAUUCAGUGCUGACACAAAUGAUCUUCAUGCCGAAAUCGGAUACCCGCUGGGGUGGAACCAAAUGGCCAUAUGGAACUUUGCUCUCACUUCUACCCAAGCGCAGCUUUUCAUUCUGAAAGAUCAUGUAAGCUUACUAGCUGAUCUCAUAUCAGACUUUGGAACCGGUCAAAACUUCUCUUACGAAUUAUUUCGCCCAUUUAUCUACAACAUCAAAUGGGAGUUCAGAGGAUACUCUAUUUAUUUGAAUGUUAAUGACGCAAAUAUCGUGAACAACCCCGUCGACUUCAACGAAAAUUGUUAUCUGUCAUUUCACGGUGACGAUCUUAGAGUGGACUUAACUGUUCCACAAACAAGCAUUGCUGGUAAUAGCACGAACAUCGAUUAUAAAUUGCAAACUUCGUUAUUUCGUCUUCGCAUCAAUACACCAUCGUGGAAUACCCUUCACGAGUUCAUGAAUGAUCAGGAAGUAGGCAGAUCUCACGAUUUCACGAUGGCAGGUUCCUACCUAUUUCACACCAACUUGGAUGUCGACAAUAUUGACACAAUACUAAUCAAUUGCCACUGUAGAAAAACGACGUUGAAGUGCUAUGGGUUUGUGGUCAGAUAUCUGAUUGGUGUGAAGAUGAACUACUUUGGAGAUUUUGUUCAUUUCAAAACCACGGAAGAGUAUAUGGAAGAAUUAAAAGGGGAUGAAAAAGGGACGAAGACUGCCUCAGCUGCUGUUGAAGAUUUUUUGCACGUAAUUGACCCCAGAAGUGGAAAAGGUUCAGGUUCACCGCAGGCUCUCCCGAGGGACGCUUCCCCGUCGAGGAAAUUCUCUUUUAAGAGACUGAUUAAUGAGAAAGACGUCUGGUUCACAUUCAUUGUGGAUGAUGGUUGCUUAGUUGUCCCCCACUACCUUUACGACUGCGAAAGCUGUUUCGCGUUUCAGUUUGACUCCCUCAAUAUUGACAUCCGCGAUUUGAACUACUAUAUGGACCUACAGACUUCUUUCUCUCCAGUCAAGAUAAGGCGACAAGCUGGGUUUGAUUUUGACACACAUUUCAAUCAUGGAAUAGACAAGCAUGAUGAAAAAAAACCCGAAGGUCAUAUAACUGACGUACAGAUACACGCCCAUCGGUUGUACGGGCUGCCACCAAAUGAAGAAACAUAUGUUUGUAAGUGGGACUUCACUGUUGGUCAGUUAAAAACUUCUUCUGAUUUGCUAUUUCCUUUACAAUUAGCAGCAGCCAUGAAGAAACUUGUAUUUGGGUUUAAGGACUUCGAAAAUAUAAUGAACUACAAAUUUGCUGACGUCCUCGAUUUGACCUCUAUAACAUUUGUGAUUGGGACGAUUGAAGUCGAAAUACAGAACACUGCUACCAAUCAUACGAUAGAAAUCCGCGCUGAUCAAGUGAUGGCAACUUUUGUUGAUCUAGAAAAUGCUUCAUACACAAGCCGGGCCGACAUCGAGGCACCUAAUUUGUCCAUAAAAAUACUGGAGGGGGGUAAUGAAGAAUGCCCGGUUGCCCUAUUUGACACAUCUUUCAAAGUGACCAACUUUGCCCAAGUUAAAGAUUUUCAAACACAUACUCGACAACAAAAAGCCCAUAUUGCAGCAAAUGACGCGCCGUUUCAUCGCUGUCCCUUUCUAUUGCCGUUUUCCAUUCAAAACUCUGAGCCAUAUAACGAGCUACUCGGUUGCAUUCCACCGGGGGUUUCAAUACCUUCCUUAACAAUGCCUUUGCAGGGAAAUAGCUGUGACGAGUUUAUAGAAGGGUUUCUAGAUGGUGAGGAGGAAUCUACUAUCGAGACCUUGACCAUGAGCUCCUCUUCCAAAAUCAGCACCACACUCGUUAGAAGGCGGGGUCAUCAAGACACACGAAUUCCUUUGAUCUCUGAGAAUACAUUCUUAGAAUACGAUGAGCCCUCUAAAAAAAACAGUAUGAUUGCAAAUAUUCCAAAGGUCACCUUGCAACUGGAUCCAGAAUGCUUCGUGCUUAUAGAAAGUUUGAUGAACCAGGUAUUUUCAAAUUUCGUUGAUCAUCUAAUUGACUGCACGGAAGUCGAAAUUGUUUGGCACUUUAUCAAGACCAAGCUAGGUGAAAAGUGUCUUCUAAAUCUUGAGCUGUUUUGCCCCGACUUCGAAUUAGUGCUCGGUGAACUGUACCGUAAAUCUGAAUGUCCAAAGAAAGUCGAAAUUUCGGUAAAGGAGCUGAUUGUGAACACAAGCUUCAUGGAAAAUGUGCAGCAGAAUGAAAGAGAGGGGGGCAUUAGUACAGAAGAAGAUGGCCAACAAACGACUUAUAUGAAAUUCAAAUCCGCUGAGUUGGGCAUCGUGCAUAAUCCUGGUAAAUCUCAGCAUGUUGCGAACGAAUUUCUCUUAUUUUCGUGCACCAAAGACCUUGAAUUGUGGGUUUCUUCGUCCACGUACGGCCUUGUUUCCGUUAAUACUCAUGCAAGCGAUACGUCAAUAAACCCUAGAACACUCGAUCAACUAUGUGCCUAUUUGCAGAAACUGACACAUUAUUUUGAUGCUCUAUCCCAAGUAAUUAUGCAUCACGGCUAUUUGACGAAGAAUGCGCAGAAGGAGUUCUUCUAUCAAAUAGCUCGGGCUAGUGAGGAGUAUCAAAUUAUUCAUGAUCCACCUGUUAUUACAAAACCUGCGUACAUUACACGACUUCCCAGUCAACAUGUGCGGGAAGACCGAAGCUGGAAAAUUGUCACACGCUUACGCCAUAUAUUAAACUACCUGCCAUCACCUUUAAUAUCAGAAAUUUACGAUAACAUCAAGAAGUUUCAUUUCGAAGCUCCCAAAAAUGCUGGUGAAAGGUUCCUCAUAUUAUUCUCCAAAUGGAGAAGCUGGGAGUUUUCAGAUUUUGAGAAUGGUUUCUUUUAUCAGCAGUCGUUCACGGGAAGAAAAUUGUCUAGAUUGAGUUUGAGUGAUUUUGACGUUCGGUUAAAAAUAGGCGUGUUGUCCUUCACAUUAUCAAGCGGUAUUGAUGAGGAUGGAGACACAAUCAUUUUGAAAAACAUCGAGACUCGGCGGUCUCAAAGUCGAAAAAUCGAUGACGAUCGCCCAGAUUAUGCCAUCAAAUCUGACGGGAAAGUCAGCGAAAAGAACCUUAUUGGGUCGGUGAAGGUGGCCAGAAUCUCCGUAAGUGAAUCAAGCCUGGCCCUGCUUACACUAGGAGACUUGCUUUCAAAAUCACAAGAGAGUGAUGGAAUUUCCAACGACAAAGGCAAAUCAGUUCCAGCUAUCUUUCAAGCUGUAUUGUUGAUUGAUCGCUGCGAGUUACAGCUUCUUUCAGGGACAAAAAAAAUCAACUUCAAGUCUUUCGGGAACAGUUUGGCAUUUGCUUCAUCCGAAGAGUCACAAAUGAACUCUGCCACAGCAUCUUGGUCGUGGUUCGAAUUAGGUAUACGACAUAGAGAUGCAAUUCUGUUGGACGUGUUUUCCAGGAGUGGAACUUUGGGCACGCUCUUCACUCUCCAAAGCGAAAUUCUGCCUAAAGUCGUCAAUCUGCAAUUACAAAAGCUGCGCAUAAAACUGCCAUCUGCGUCUGCCUCGUACAUUGCAUUUGCCAAAUCAGCAAAAGACUUGCACAAAACCACCAAGGCCAGGUUUAAAAGAACCGCAGAAGCAAUGGGUAAGCCCCGCAAGUCCUUCUCUCCACGAUAUGAUACUUCAGAAUCAAAGGCCGAGGUCAAAAUCGAAGACCUGUCUUUUGAAAUGUCCGCUAUUUCACCAUUCGUGUUUUCAAAGCGUGUACAUGGCUUGAAUCUUCUGUUGGACAUGCGUUCGGAGAGACUGCUCCACCUCAUCUUUGAGGGACUAGAUUUCGAUGUUGGACCUGUGUCAGGCGCUAACCAAUAUUUCAAGUUCUCGCAGUCCAAAUUCGAUUCAACUAUAAGUGGGUGGGAUUCCAAAUCUAGCAAAAGGUGCUCCAUAUCAAUAGACUCAGAGAUUACCAAGUUGAAGCUAUGUGAGCCUGUCAAUUUGUUGCGCCUUCUGGUAGAAGAUCUCGAUGUCGCCAGAAAAAGCUUGGGGGACAUGCUUAAAACUAUCAAAGCACUGAACGUUAUAAACGAGGAAGCCGAGACCUCUACUGACUCUCAGCCGAAACUCUUUUCUGGACAGUGGGCUUUUGCGUUGAAAGCGAAGUACAUUGGGCUACUUCUUCCCUUACGCUCAGUCAGCUAUAUUUGCGAGCUGAACGAGCUGUGCUUUGCCGCAUCGAGCGACGAAAACGCAUCUGAGAAUGGAAAAGGACCGAGCGAACAUGUACAAGGUAAGGCCUCUGUCGCCAGCAUUGCCUUUUUGAUCAACGAUUCUGCGCUGUCUGAAAAGCUGUCCAAGCUCGUGGACUUCGGUGUUAGCGUGAAGAUAGCUCAGGGAUCAGGUAAAAUUGUCAAGUCUCUCGAGAUUGAGAGCUCUCAUUUAAGGUUAGUAUUCUGCCCUCAGUCUCUUACUAGGUUGUUGGUCUUGGUCAGCGAAUCUUCUAAGUUGGCCUCGAAGUAUGCACAAAGCAAGCAGGCUACGAACGAAGACACCGGAGUAUUCGCUGGGGCUAUCAAUUUACCAAAAACUUUCCAAUCAGUUCAUAUCCUUUCUUACAACGUUUGUUUGGGCUGGAUGUUUGAUGUGGAGGGUGCCACUCAUCCUGGUCUCAUAUGGGGUUAUCAACGUUUGUUUGCUGCUCAUGAGUGGCCUUUUGGAAAAUUGACCAUUUUAGAUGCGUACUUUUCAAUCGCCAGGGGUCAUGCAGCUCACGACUUCUUCGCAUUAGAAAGCGAGCUUAACAAGCCUAAUAGAAGUUUCCUACCAAGCACGCAACUUGGUUACUGGUUUGAAAAUAAUGGUUCAACUGAGGACCUCUUUGUGAGAGUGAACGGAGAACAGCUUGAUGUGAGCUUUUUGUCCACUUCUACUUCGGUUGCAGAUGGACUAACCAAGUCUCUUCACGCCUUUGACGAAUUGAAGAAAAAGCAUCUCGCUUCCGGAUCAGCGUCAGAAGACGUGAUAAUCUCGACUACUUCUAAAGUGAUUCGAUUCCCUGGUAUUUCGCGCCUAGGAAGUGUAAACUGCAAAGCACGCUAUGCUGGUGGAGUCUUCAAAUUGUAUUCGGAAAAAGACUUAGAUUUAGGCCUCGACCCUUCUUUUCAAAUGGAGAGUCCUUCAGUGGAGGUUGUGAUUGAUUACAGAUUUUGCCCUUCCCAAGAUCGCCGACACGUUGUUAGGUCUUUUGUGAACGUCGAGAAGUCUCAUAACACCAUAUUUCCCACCUGUGUUCCUAUUUUGGGAGAAAUUGCGCGAGACACUAGCCGUAUGAUGAAAAGCUUCAACGCAAGCCCCGUUUCCGUUCCAAGGUCUCAAGUGCAAGAAAGCGUCAACUACAAGAACUUGCUGAAGGAUUUCGACAUUUCCUUUCAGACUCAUAUCGACCAGCAACUAAUCAGUCUGAGCUGCGACCCCAAAGCGAAGGUUCAGGCUGAUGUAGGGUUUGAAAACUUGGUGAUCAAGAUCUUCACAAACAAUUUGGAUACCCAAGAGCCCUUAAGUUUGUCGCUUGACAUCAAAAAUGUCACGGCGACUUCCAGACACAUUUUUUCGAGGGAAAUCAGUACAUCCAUCAAAAUCGACCGCUCGAGCUUUGUUUUUAUCUUGACUCACACUGACUUAAUACGCACGUAUGGAGUUGUCCUCGUUCCGAACAUCGACGUCUUCUUCAAUUUUAAACAACUUCAGGAUUUGAAUGUCUUCCUCAAUAUCUGGAAGGUAGACAGUAAAGUUCUCUCUCAACCAGAGUCUGAAGAUAAAGGAUCGUUUAUCGCGAAUCCAGAGAAAUCCUUAGCGGCUAAGCACAGAAAAAUCUCUUCCAACAGCUCCUUCCCUUGGAAUUUCGUUAUGAUCAUCUCGAAAAUCAAAGGCGAAAUUGAUUUGGGAGUGUCUCUGGGAGUUAUCAGCCUAUCGACCGAAUCACUUCGGGCAGUCACUGAUCAUUUUAGAAACUGGACUCAGAGACUUUCUUUGCAGCUUGAAAGAGUCUUCCUUUCUUCGAAUGGAAGACUAGGUGGAACGGUGCUGUUGCGUGAUUUCAAUUGGAUCUCGCAAAUAUGUUGGCCAAUUCACAAUGGUAAAUUUCAAAAUCCAUUGAUAGCUCUUGACGUCGGGCUUGCUGAAUUUGCUGUCAAACUAUCCUUUGACUAUCAUUUAAUUCUGAUUGCAAGUCUUGAACGUUUCAAACUGAUCAUCUUCAACAAAAGGGAGGCCAAAGGAUUAUUCAAAAAUCUUCUCGCGGUGUCACUCCACUGCGGAAGUACAAAUAUUUUCGCGACAGCACUAGCACCUGCAAACAUCUUGGAUGUGUACAACACAAUACUAAGAAUGCGGAAAGAAAACAAGAAGUCUUAUUUUGAGACCUUGGGAGAUUCAAACACCAGAGAUACAAAGCACAUUAGUAGCAGCCGUGAGAUUCUAGACUCGCUCAGUUUCUUGCGGACAGACCUGGAGGUAAGACUAGAUUUUAUCAACACUCAAAUUUUCCCGAAUACUUUAUUUGAUAUGGAGGUUCUAACGUUCAGAGCUGCUGAUCUCGUUACUCGCUCCCAAAUUGAGGGGUAUGAGAAACUCAAAACUCAACUUAACUGGCAAGUCCAUAAUGUCAAAUUUGCUCUUUCUACUUAUAAGAGUCAACUACAUGAAAAGGAUUCUUCAGAAAUCGGGGUCAAAGAAUAUAUUGAACAUGCCGCGAAAGCGCACGGUGGGACAAUUUUAGUGAUUCCCGCCAUUCUGGUGGGGAUGACAACUUGGCAUGAUGUGGCCACAAAUACGGUCGAGCUACUGUACAGUAACAGUUUUGGAGGAAAGAUCAGCGUGCGGUGGAACUUGGGGUCCAUUAAUUUUCUUCGAGAGAUGUGGGCUACACACGUAAGGGCGCUGGCGCUCAGAAGGUCACACAACCAGCAACCAAGAAGCUUUUUUGAGGACGAACAUUUGGAAGACAAGUUGAGGGAUGUGGACUUAGGAGCUAAAUACACCUACGUUCCGCUGGAAGAUCCUCAUAUAGAGAUUCCGAAAACAAAAGAUCUUGGCAACGCAACACCUCCUAUAGAGUGGUUUGGGGUUAAUAGAAAGCAUUUUCCCGGAAUGACUCAUCAGGGCAUCAUCAUUCCGUUACAAAAGCUCGCACACUUGGGCGAGGUGGAGUGGACCAGGAUAUUUGGUAGUGCCUAA